AUGUUCCGGUAUUUUUUCUGGAUUCCUACGACUUUCAUCAUCGUCACAGAAUUUGCACAAAUAACAAACGGUGCAUUAUUGAAUUUAUGGGAGAAACGACGAUGUUGGUCAUCCGGUAAUGGUCAAUCAGCUCAUUGGUUUAAUCACGGUGAACGUAUUAAUCGAGGAAAAUAUUGGUAUAAAUGUAAUAAUGGCAUGUUGGAACCAAAAGGUUGUUUUACACCAACAAAUAGUGAAUUAUAUAUUGGUGACAAAUUUGUGGAAAAUGGUUAUGAAAUUGAAUGUGUCCUUGAUAAAAAUGGCUAUUUACAAUUUGCAUUUACCGCAUGUGUACCAAAGGAAGGUGAACGAUAUAAAAUUGGUGAAACCUGGGAGGAUGAACAGCAUAUGUACUGGUUUGAGUGUAAAGCUGACGGACCAUAUUUGAGAGUUGAAAUUGGCGGAUGCGUAACGCACGAUAAGUCACGUAGAAUUGCACUCAAUGAAAUGUAUGAUUUCGGCGAAUACACCUAUCAAUGUUUGAAGAAAUACAACGGUUCGGUGCAAAUGUGUUCAGUUGGAUGUAUUCAUAAAGGAAUGCAUUAUAAAAUUGGUGAUCAAUGGGCUGAUGGUGAUUUUAUUUACUACUGCAAAACCAAAAAUGGUCGUUGUCAGAAGAUUUGUGUAGGAUGUCAUUUCAAAGAUAAAUUACUUUAUGAUGGUGAUCGUUAUCAAAAAGAUGAUACGGUGUUUAUGUGUGAGGUACGACCGGAUAAAUACCGGCAUAAACCGGUUGGUUGCGUUGUACGUGAUGCAAAGGGUGAAACGGUUGAAAGAGUUGUCGGAUGUAAAUGGUAUCAACAAACGAAGAAAUCAAAAGUGGAACAAAUUUGUGUGCUUGAAAAUGGUAAAGCUGUGGUGAAAACAUUAGGAUGUAUUUUUGUUCAUAAAGGAUAUAAUACAUUAUUUUUAAAACCUGGCACUUAUACAAUUUGGAAUCAACAAAUUGAUGGUUUAGCAAUUGGUGUUAUUUGCAGGCAACCAAAGAAUGAUGGUAUGCCAAGCUUAGAAACAUUCAAAAUUGAAGAUAUCAUUUAUAAAGUGAAUGGAUUACGAUAUGAUCAACCACGUGGUUGA